CACAGUUCCGCUCACGUCAAUUCCAGGUUCUCCCUUGACAGUAGCCUAUAUCAAAGCCACGAAACACGAAACUCCAGGACUGCUUUCAGAACAAUCUGACGCGUCGUCUCGACAAAACAUCUUCCGCGCAUUGGCACAGAGUUAAGCGAAGACAGACUCCUGGCACCGAUGUACUGCUAACCAUCGUCAAGAAGCGGAACCAAGAGAAAACACGGGCACCGAGAGGCACGCAUGAAACGGGUAAUUUACGAGCGAUGACACAACAGCGUCCAUAUGAAGACUCCCUCCUAACUUGAGAGUGAUAACAAGCAAAAGCCAAGAAGUGUAUGUGGUGUGACACUGACUGCGAAGUUGUAGUUGAAAUUACUUUAUUGAACUACUCCAUCAACGACUUUUUUAUUACUGUUUUUCAGUCAAGGUUCGUAUGAGUACGGCUUUACAUAUCUAAUGGCACAAACUGCGCUCGGGCAUACUUCUCGAAUCGGGAGAGAUGGCUCGCACCAUGCGCACGGCUUCUAUGACGCAACCGGCCACUGGCAGAUUUCCGUGAUGCUCCCGCAGGACAGACUAACCGCACACCACUGAUACCCUAUUUUGGCAAGUGAUAAACUGCAGACGACAGUUGCACAUCUCUACGGGCACGAUAAAUACCCAGAAGCGCCAUCAACUCCUGGCUUUGGACAGCGCUGUGGCAUUUUUCUUGCCUGGAUAUGUUUGGGAUUAUUCAGAGUUCUUAAGCAGAACGUACGAAGCAGGACGUAUUGAACAGACGUGAACAGAAGAAUCUGCACGCACAAGUUGAGUUAAUUGCUGAACACAAAGUGUACUUGGGAUCUCAGAGACAUUUUGUAGGCUGUUGAAGCCUUGGCCCAUGGCUGUGCGUAGGGAAAAACAGACUAUUGCCUUCUGUCAGGCAGAACUGUCGCUGGUUUGUGGAUUUAGCUGUGCAGCUGUGAAGAUUUGAAGAGUGCAGAUAGACUACGUUAUGUUUUGAAGGAGGACGCUUUAAAUGAAGAUUUUUCACCCUUCUCUGCAGAGCUAGAGGCCAAGCACGAGGUGAAGGCUUUAGUGGAUAUAACUCGGAAUUUAGUGUCAUUUUAAUUAACUCGGCUCAAUGCGCAUCCUGUGACACGCCAGAGUCUAAAAAGCUGCGCUGUGCUGUCCGAGUUGGAGCGUAGAAUGCGUCGGGCCAAAGACGCAUUGAUUGGAAGCUCAAAGUGGUGUUCACUUCAGAUGGAUAGCUGGCGUUUCUUUUGACAUACAUUGUGGCGCGAAUAUUAUGUCACUCAAUUAUGAUUGUGUAAGAGCACGUGCGGGAGACUUCGAGAAAAUGCGGUACACUUUCUCCUUGCAGGUAUCUACUCUGCUGUUUGUGUGUGUGGGAGGUGCUGAUGGAGAGGACACCUGUGAUACUCUGAUGAUGCUGUCAGGAAACUUCACCACGUACUCUAUGGCCUUUGGGAACCAGACUGAGCAGAACGUCUCAGGGGUGUUCUGCAGGACCUCCAUUGACGGGAUUGGCACCUGCUGGCCCAGAAGUCGAGCGGGUCAGAUGGUGUCCCGGCCGUGUCCAGAGUUCUUCCUUGGCGUCCGGUACAACACCACCAAUAGCGUGUACAGGACGUGCCUGGCCAAUGGGACGUGGGCCCUGAAAGGGAACUAUUCGCAGUGCCGGGCCAUACUCAGCACACAGAGGAAGAGUAAGCUGCACUACCGGAUAGCGGUGAUUAUAAACUACCUGGGCCACUGCCUCUCCCUGAUGGCUCUGCUCCUGGCCUUUGCCCUCUUCCUGUGCUUAAGGAGUAUCCGUUGUUUAAGGAACAUCAUCCAUUGGAACCUAAUCUCAGCAUUCAUCCUCAGGAACGCCACCUGGUUCAUCGUCCAGCUCACCAUGAACACCGAGGUCCAUGAGAGCAAUGUGCUGUGGUGUCGUGUGGUCACAGCUGUGUAUAACUACUUCCACGUGACCAACUUCUUCUGGAUGUUUGGGGAAGGCUGCUACCUGCACACUGCCAUCGUACUCACCUACUCCACGGACAAACUCAGGAAGUGGAUGUUCAUCUGCAUCGGCUGGGGUAUUCCACUUCCAAUCAUCGUUGCCUGGGCUGUUGGCAAAUUGUAUUACGACAAUGAGAAGUGCUGGUUUGGGAAGAGAGCGGGGGUGUACACAGACUACAUCUACCAGGGGCCCAUGAUUCUGGUGCUUGUGAUCAACUUUGUCUUCCUCUUCAACAUAGUCAGAAUUCUAAUGACCAAACUCAGAGCCUCAACCACCUCUGAGACCAUCCAGUACAGGAAGGCAGUGAAGGCCACCCUGGUCCUCUUGCCUCUGCUGGGGAUCACCUACAUGCUGUUCUUUGUGAACCCAGGAGAGGAUGAGAUCUCCCAGAUUGUCUUCAUCUACUUCAACUCCUUCCUUGAGUCCUUCCAGGGAUUCUUUGUGUCUGUGUUCUACUGUUUCCUAAACAGUGAGGUGCGCUCCGUGGCCAGGAAGCGGUGGCACCGAUGGCAGGACAAACAUUCCAUCCGCACGCGGGGCGCCAGGGCGAUGUCCAUCCCGACCUCGCCCACGCGGCUGAGUUUCCACAGCAUCAAACAGUCCACGUCCGUAUGAGACACAGCGCACUCUUUCCACCCGGGCAGGAAGGAAGUGAAGAACGAGGGAACGAGCAAGGAAAUGGAAGAGGAGAGGAGAGGAGGGGAGAGGAGAAGGAGGGACAGUUGAAGGGCAAACCGGAGAGGUGGAGGAGACUCGCAGCACACUGGGCCAAGAACUACAGGAACCAGCGCACCUGCCGCACAGGAACUACAGGAACCAGCGUCCCUUCUGUGUGGGUUUCCACUGUAACUGACUGAGAUGGCAUGGUGUCUCUGGAUAAGGAUGACACAUUAUGAUGAUACAGAAGCACAUUAACAGCCAAGGGGUCAGAGGUCACCUCUAAUGGACCCCCCUCA